AUGUCUUUGUUGCCUGAUGUUACCUGCGUCACGCUGAUGAAGCUUGAUUUCUGUUGUUCGGUGUCGAUGCAGGUUUGGGAAUCUUGCAUGCACGAGGACUCGAAGCCAAGCAGGGACGUAGUCCGGAAUCACUUGAGUUGGCUCUUCUUCAUUGUUGACUUACGAAAACGACUGAUUGAGAACCUGAAGCCAGAAUAUUUAGUUGUGCCAUAUUCGAAUCUAAACGAAUCGAAUCUCGCUGGUGGCGAGAGGAAGUGUUUUGGGGGGUCUGGGGGCGGUGUUGGAGAUGAAGGUGUUGGGGAUGAAGGUGUUGGGGAUGAAGGUGUUGGUGAUGACGGUGUUGGGGAUGAAGGUGUUGGGGAUGAAGGUGUUGGGGAUGAAGGUGUUGGUGAUGAAGGUGUUGGUGAUGAAGGUGUUGGGGAUGAAGGUGUUGGUGAUGAAGGUGGUGUUGGUGAUAUAGGUGUAGGUGAUGAAUGUGUUGGCGAUGGCGGUGUUGGUGAUGACAGUGUUGGUGAUGGCGGUGUUGGUGAUGACAGUGUUGGGGAUGGCGGUGUUGGUGAUGACGUAAUGUAUGUUGAGGGCCAUUGUCAGGGAGGCGCCCGAGGGUUGCCGGAAUAA